AUGAAUCCAAUUACAAACAUCAAGAAUCAGAAUCGAAUGAACGAGCGCGAGCUCCAACUCGGCUACGCUGGUAGUCAAGGCAAAUCGUGGCAUCAAGUGUACAAGGAUUCGGCGUGGAUAUUUAUUGGAGGGCUUUCGUAUGAUUUGACGGAAGGUGAUAUCAUCGCAGUUUUUUCACAAUAUGGUGAAGUCAUGAACAUUAACUUAGUUAGGGACCAGAAAACAGGAAAAUCCAAAGGUUUUUGUUUUCUUUGCUAUCAAGAUCAAAGAAGUACGGUGCUGGCAGUUGAUAAUUUCAAUGGAAUCACGCUAUGUAAAAGAAUUAUUCGUGUGGAUCAUGUGGAAGAAUACAGAGUUCCGAAGUAUAGAGAAGAUGCUGAUGAGGAAACGAAGCGGCUAUGGGAAGAAGGAUGUGCUCCGAAGCCGAUUAAGAGAACGGUUGAGCCUAUCGAAGUUCAAGAAGAGCGUAUCAAAAAGGCAAAGGAAGAAUUGUUGGCGAUCGGAGAUAUUGAUGAGGAAUUGAUCAAGAAGAUGAAGAAAGACAAAAAGAAGGCCAAAAAAGAGAAGAAAAGGGAAAAGAAGAGAGAGAAGAAACUCAAAAAAUUGGAAAAAUUGGCAAGAUUGGAUCCCGAAGGAGAUUGGAAGUCAAAGCAAAAGCUUUACGACAGUAUUGUCAAGGAAGAAGAUCUGUACGGUGCCAACAAGCAUUUCGACUUUGGCAAAAAGUACGAGACGGUGGAGAACAAAUACAAUCCGCGUCCCGAUUUCGAAAAGGCCGAUUGGCGAGAUAUCGAAAUCUGGAAGGUGGCUCGAGAACGAGAGAAAGCCGAAAAAGCGGCUCGCGGAGAAAGUACAGAAGCUUGGGGUCCCGAGGAACAUUACGUCUCCAAGCGCUACCAAUCAAAAUGA